UAUCGGGUUUUAUACUAUACAACAUACCAAACGAACCCCUAAUUUAGAUUGGAUUUGAACCACUAGAUCCAAGAGCAGCUUGAUAAUAGCUAAUAAGUCUGAACAUAUGCGUACAGAUCACAUGCCAUUCAGCUCCACCGCCGACACUUUCCAUUUUUAUCCUUCCACGAGGUCUCUUUUCGGACGCUAAAAACAAGAGAGAAAUUUAUAAAACUCCAGUUUCUCGAAUCUCUGGCCUACUUUCUAGUAUAAAAAUAUAAAAUGAAAGAUAAUAUGAACCAAGCAUUUUUCAACGUUCACGUGUUCAUCUACUAAGUUUCAAAAAAAAAAAAAAAAAGUUCAUCUACUAUAUAUAUAAAAAUCCAAGACACUAGGCAAAUAGUACGUAACCAAAUCAAGUUCCAAAGUUCCACAAUGACUUCUAGCCACCAAAGUUCGCCAGGAAAAGUCCAUGGCAGCAGCAGCAGCCGCUUUGAUGAACACCAAGUGGUGGUGGUUAUGGUACCUUUCCCUGCACAAGGACAUCUCACUCCACUCCUACACUUUUCACGUCUAAUCCUGUCACACAACAUACCUGUUCAUUAUGUUGGCACAGCCACACACAAUCGUCAAGCCACACUUCGUGUCCAAGGUUGGGACCCAAACUCCAUUUCAAACAUCCAUUUCCAUGACUUUGAAGCUCCUCCCUUUGCUUCCCCACCUCCCAACCCAAAUGCAGAAACCAAGUUCCCAUCUCACUUGAUUCCUUCCUUUGAGGCCACUUCACAUCUUCGUGCGCCUUUGGCAGCACUUCUCCAAUCCCUUUCAUAUGUGGCUAGAAGGGUCAUAGUGAUUCAUGACGCCAUAUUGGCGUCCGUGGUUCAGGAUACCAAAAACAUAGCAAAUGUUGAGAGGUACACAUUUCACAGUUGUUCUGCCUUUAUGGUUUUCUUACACUCUUGGGAUAAAAUGGGAAAACCGCAACUAGAAGGCUCACAUAUCCCACAAGUUCCUUCUCUUGAAGGAUGCUUCCCUAUUCAAUUCAUGGAUUUCAUUACUGAACAAAGUGAAUUCAUGGAAUUCACUGCUGGACACAUUUACAACACAACCAGAGCAAUUGAAAGUCCUUACAUGGAGUUUAUGGAAAACAUCAUUGGUAGCAAGAAGCAUUGGGCACUUGGGCCCUUCAACCCUUUAACCAUUGAGAGCAAAAACUCAAAGGGAAGGCACUUCAUCAUGGAGUGGCUUGAUAGACAAGAGGUGAGAUCUGUUAUAUAUGUAUCUUUUGGGUCAACAACAACCUUCACAGAGGAGCAAAUUGAGCAGAUGGCAAAUGGAUUGGAGCAAAGCAAGCAAAAAUUCAUCUGGGUGUUGAGAGAUGCUGAUAAAGGUGACAUCUUUGAUAGAGUUAAAGUAAAAGAACAUGACCUUCCUAAAGAGUAUGAAAAGAGAGUUGAAGGCAUGGGGCUAGUUGUGAGAGACUGGGUACCCCAGUUGGAAAUUCUAAGUCAUCCUUCAACAGGAGGGUUUAUGUGUCACUGUGGAUGGAACUCCUGCAUAGAGAGCAUGUCCAUGGGGGUGCCAAUAGCAGCAUGGCCUAUGCACUCUGACCAGCCAAGAAAUAGUGUUUUGAUAACUGAAGUGCUGAAGGUUGGUUUGGUAGUGCAGGAUUGGGCUCAAAGAGAUGAGUUGGUGACCGCUUCAGUUAUUGAGAAUGCAGUGAGAAGGUUGAUGAAAACAAAGGAAGGAGAUGAGAUGCGAGAGAGAGCAAUGAACCUUAAAAAUGCCAUCCAUAGGUCCAUGGAUGAAGGUGGAGUCUCUCGUAAGGAAAUUGAUUCUUUCAUUGCACAUAUAACUAGAUAGUAUGAUUUAAUCAUACAUUCUUGAAGUAUACACUAUAAGAAAUAAAAUUAAUUAGUGGUAAUUGAAAAAUAAAAGACUCCAUUUUAUAAAAAUAUCAUGUCAUGAAUUACUAGCAUUAGGGAAGGACAUUAGUUUUACUUAAUGGUUGUUAUGUUUUAUUAUGUCCACUAUGAUUUAUCUCAAGCAUAUGUCUAUUUAGUAUUUUUAAUUUAGUAGUUAUGUUGUUGGUAUGGCUUACUUUAUUACAAACAAAUGACCAACUUAUGUAAUAGUUUUGGCAAAUAAUUAUUUUCUCUACUUCCA